CAGUUUCACAUUUUCACACAGCCCAUAAGCGACGAACAUGGAACAAGAAAUUAGAGCUGUUGUUCUUGGGUGGCAGAAGUCUGACAAAGCCUCUGUGAUAAACAGCAUUUUAGGUGUUGAAGUUGAGUCUGACAAAUUAUUUGUGAAAUCUAUGAGGAAAGAUGGUAAAGUGAAUGGAAGGCGGAUAACUCUGAUCAACACUCCAUGUUGGUGGGAGAAUUUUGAUUUGCAAGACUCACCGGAGGUUCUCAAACAAGAGCUGGUUUGCAGUGUUUUCCUGUGUCCACCAGGACCUCACGUCUUUCUACUGGUCAUUAAUCCCAGCUUGGCUUUUACUGAAGAAAACAGACUCACCGUUGAGGAGCACCUUAGUCUCUUUGGUGGGAAAAUCUGGAACCACACCAUUGUGUUGAUUACACAAACCGAUUCAGUGAAGGAUAAGGAUCUUCAGCUGAUCAUACAGAGAUGUGGAGGAAGAUAUCAUGCUUUUGAUUUCAAAAACAAAAGUGAUGGAGUCAAAGGUCUACUUGGCAAGAUUGACGAUGUUGUGGCAGCAAACAAUGGCAAGCAUUUUGAAACACAUGAUGAUGUGCUGCUUGACAUUCAAAGAAAGAGGGAUGAAAAUGAGAGGAGGGCAAAAGCCAGACAAGAAACUGUUCAGGGCAAAAGAGACCUACUUAAAAAAAUAAACGCUGUGGCUCCACUCUCAGAACUGAGAAUUGUUCUGCUGGGUUGGAUUGUGUCUGGAAAGAGUACAACUGGAAACACCAUCUUCGAUCAUGAAAUAUUUCCGAUAGGAAAAACACAGAAGUGUACAAGCCAUACUGGUGAUGUAAAUGGCAGAUCAAUAACCGUGUUGGACACUCCAAGCUGGUGGAAGUAUUUCUCAUCUAAAUUCAACCCAGAAUUUACAUGGGCUGCAAUUGUGGAGUGCAUAGGUCACUCGCAACAAAUGCAAUUCCCUCAUGCCAUGAUCUUGGUGAUUCCUGUUGAUACUUCAUUUAAGAAUGAACAAAAAAGGAUUAUUGAAGAGCAUAUGGCCACUCUAGGAGAAGACGUCUGGAGACACACCAUAGUUCUGUUCACAUGGGGCGACAGAUUUCCAGACAUCUUAAUCGAGCAGCACAUUGAGAGCGAAGGUGAUGCCCUCCAGUGGCUAAUUGAGAAAUGCAGGAACAGAUAUCACAUCUUCGACAACUCAAACAAGAACAACCGAGAUCAAGUCACAGAGUUGCUCCAGAUGAUUGAUGAGAUGGUGGCAGAAAACAGUCUGUUCUGCUUCAACACUCAAAGUGCUGCGAAAAAAAACAUUCAAGAUACUGACACACAACAAGACGAGGAAAUAAGUCUGGAUGCUGACCUUGUGAUGGAAUUACUACAGCAGGAGAUUAUCAACAGGUUUAAGGGGAUCAAAAUUAAACUAAAACACUGGGGGGUGGAUUUCACUGGGUGUAUGGAGAUCAGAAGUCACCGUAGCAUGGCAGAAGAUCUAAACUUCUCUGCUGAUGAGAAACUCAUGGAGAAGAUUAGGAGAGAAGGAUGCAGAUGGGAAGUAACUUUAAUGAACUCACUCUUGAACAUUCAGAAUGAUGCAGCACCUGAUGGAAAUAUGAAUCCAUGUUCAAGCGAUGUGCUAAAGUGGGUUCAAAGAUGUGAUGAAAACAACUUGUUUGGAAAUGGAAGAAGCUACAUCGUCAGUAGUCUAGAAGAUGCAGAGCCCAAAGGCAUAAAAAGACAAUUUUCAGAAUGAAACACUGUUUAAAAGUUAUACACAUCUACACCUUAUAGCAAAUGCAAACUAUUUGUUUUAAAUGCAUUUAAUAAACCCUUUAGAAUUGUAUGUUAAAUGUUGCUAAUUAAUAAUUUUUAGUAUUGCAAGAUAUUAAAAAAA